AUUAUACCGAGAAAGGAAAUAAUUCCCAUAGAGUUUCUCAGACAGUUUCCCAGCCGGGAUUCGAAGCCCCUGGCGCAGUGUGAGGCGCAAAAUUGCCUCACCGGAAUACUAUUGGAACGACUUUCAAUGACUCAAUCUCGGUCACUUUUGAGUUUCGUCUGCUCUUCAUGGUAUAACUUUGAGCCUACCCACUCCAUAAUCUUUAUUUCUCCUCAUGAUUGAGCUCCCUUUCGAUCUUUGGUGGAAGAUUUUCGAAAUACUUCCCCCAGACGCGCGCGCACAGUUUCGUACUGUCAACCGUCUCUUCUUGGAGAUUGCACGUAGAGUUCAGUACCGUAAUCUUGUCAUAGAUGGAUACGGGAAACGGACCAAGCGUUUGUUGAAGAGUAUAAACUUGUUCUCGUUAGGCUACCAUGUCCAGUCACUGCACAUCCAACCAUGGGCUGUUUCCAACGUGCCUUCGUCAAAAACUUACCGCGGACCUAGCGGUCGAGUUUCCUCUGUUUUUGACCAUGUACAUUCGUUUUUUGACUCUGACUAUCCAACGCGCAGAGCCGAAGCUCUCGUCAGGAAACGAAUGCGGAAGCAGAUCCAACUGGUUAAGGAAACAGCAAAAACACUUGGGUUCGUUCAAGAAUACAGUGUCGAAUGGAAUGUCGAUAGACCAUACCAUCCAGAAUUCUUCACUGCUUUCUUGUCUUUGGUUGAUGUUUCACCCUUCGGACGGACGCUCACCAAACUUUCUUUGAAGGUCCCUACAGACAGACUUGUUUGCUUGGCUUCCCUAGAUCUCCCUGCCCUCGAACAGCUGGACAUUCAGCUAGUCACCAUGUCACUUUCAGAAAGGUAUAUCAACGAUUGUUUCGACAACUUCGCUGUCUUCGUAAACAAUUUAUACGAUACUCUGCGUUCGCUGUCGAUCUCCUCUACCCACAUAUCCCUUAACCUCAAUCUCUACCGCCUCUUCUACCUCCUUGGAGAUUUCCCGCACCUUCAUUCCCUGGGCCUCACAAUUCCUUACGAUGGGGCCCAUCUUUCAUCCUUGGACAGUUUGCAAUCGUUCAUACAGAAGCACGGGCGGACCCUCCAGGAACUCAAGCUUCUGUGCAAUCGCUCCGCUGCAAGGACCCGGCCUAAUGACCCUUGUGCUAAAUACUGGAUCCAGCGCACCAUUACAGAUAUAUUUACGUUCGGUAACCUCUCGAAUAUCUGUAGCCUCGAACUUGCUCUUCGUCCACUGAGGAGUGAACUAACUCCAUUUCUAAAUGUCCUUGCUUCUGUAGCCAAUCAACUGGAAUCUCUUGUCCUCACUGAUGACGCCUUAACUCCUGGUGAAGUAGAACGAGUUCUCGCGGUACUAACUUGCAAAUUUUCUGCUGGUACAAAUGGAGGUGUCGUUGAGUACUCCAAUUUACGCCAUCUGGCUGUUCGUUUGCAAUACCUAUGUCUAUUCACGGUAGACCUCAUCGCAUCGAAGCUUCGUCUAUUACACUCCUUGAAAUUGACCUUUUCGGAUGUCAGACUUCAUCACUACGACGAGGCUCAAUUAUCAUAUGCUUAUGCAUAUUCCGAAAUACUGGGGCUCUUUUAUGCCGAACUAACCACUCGAUGGUAUUCGGAAUGGAAAUUGUCUUCAUUGGCCAUAUCUGAAUGCCCUUACCGUUUGGAAUGGGGAAAAGAUAUGGAAAAAGCUUUCACAAAGUGCAUUCCAACACUCGUCUCAUUCAAGGUGUUCUCUGUAACCUCGUGAGCUUCGAGUUUUGCAUCGAUGCAUCGAUGCGUGUCCUAGUUAUAUCUUCGGAUUUCCUGCGCAUUUGUCAAUGUAUAUCACCAACUGUAACGACUAUU